UGAAGGCAAAGACUGACUGACUUCAUCAAGAACCACACACGCUUUAAUGGUGUUUGGUUUCACAGCAAAUAGUUUCUUAUCAUCAUCAUCUUCUUCAUCUCCUCUGUGUAGCUUCUCUUCUCAGAGCUGCAGAAUUCAAGGGAAAAAUAUGGUUGUUGUUGCAGUAAAUGCUACUCCUUUUAACUGCAUGCCCUCAUUAUCACCUGCUUCUUCACUGCAACUGCAAAUUCAGUGCAAUGGAGGCUUUGGUUUGAGCAAUUGUGUUCAAAUUUGUGGAAGCAAGCCGAAGGGUAUAGCAGUUAGUAAUGUGAACUGCACUGCCUCAUCUGCUGCAGCCAUUGUUGCAAAUCAGGAGGAUUUGCUCCCAUUACAGUUAGCAGAAGUUAAGGCGUUGUGCAGAAAUUGGGUAUGGAAUGGUUACAACAUUAAUUACUUGGUUUGCCAAGCGAGCAAUGGCAGCCCUUCUCGCCCUGCCAUACUUCUUGUUCAUGGGUUUGGUGCUUCUGUUGGACAUUGGAGAAGGAACAUUGCUGUCUUGGCGAAGGAUUAUACAGUUUAUGCCAUUGAUCUUCUUGGUUUUGGGGCGUCAGAUAAGCCACCGGGGUAUGCAUAUUCCAUGGAGAAAUGGGCUAUGUUGAUAUUGGAUUUCUUGAGUGAAGUAGUCCAAAUGCCAACUGUGCUAGUAGGGAAUUCUGUUGGGAGUCUUGCCUGUGUGAUUGCUGCUGCGGAUUCUCAGCAGUCGUUGAUUCGAGGGCUUGUUCUGUUAAACUGUGCGGGAGGGAUGAACAACAAGGCCAUAGUUGAUGAUUGGAGGAUCAAACUCCUUUUGCCUUUGCUAUGGUUGAUUGACUUCUUGUUGCAACAAAAGGCGAUCGCUUCAGCUCUCUUUGAUCGCGUGAGACAGAGCGAAAAUCUUAAGAACAUCUUGCUGUCAGUGUAUGGGAACAAAGACUCGGUUGAUGAAGAACUGGUGGAGAUCAUCAGGGGACCAGCCAACGACGAGGGAGCACUUGAUGCUUUCGUUUCCAUUGUCACAGGUCCUCCCGGGCCUAACCCCAUGCAACUGGUGCCACAACUCGCGUUGCCUGUCCUAGUCCUUUGGGGUGACCGCGAUCCUUUUACCCCGAUUGAUGGACCUGUUGGCAAGUACUUCUCAUCCUUGCCUUCUCAGCUGCCAAAUGUGAAGCUCUUUCUUUUGGAAGGCGUCGGGCAUUGCCCUCACGAUGAUCGGCCCGAUCUUGUCCACGACAAGCUUCUUCCAUGGCUCGCUAGUCUUCCACCUUUGUAAGCUCUCAUAACACCUAUUCAUCCCCAUCCCCUUUCUUGAACUGUAAAUCUUUACUAUAUAGUUUACUAGUUUUGUAAAUGACAUGGAAUGAAAAUAGGGAGUUUCCCACAUAUUUUUGGUGAAAAACUUCGAAACCAAAAUUUUAGUGGUGUCAAUUCUUCGGUCUAUAAUGUAUGUUCAUGAUAUCUUUUGAGGUUUGGUGAUAAGGUUCUGUUCUUGUGA